UUAUUCUUUGCGCGUAACUCUGCUGUUCGGGGUCUCAGGAAACUGUGGAAAGUGAAAGGAAUGUUUUUUCCGACUUUAAUUGAGCGUUUCUCAUUUCGGUUUAUGGUUAUUGCGAGUUUCUGGGACGGGGGAGGGGGGUUGAAUUCAGUGUAAUUUCUGGGAAUUUCUUUGUUUGUGGUUGGUAAUUGGAUUUGGUAAUUAGUACUCUUCGAGUUGGAGUUUUGUGUAUGUGGCCGAGUUUAAUACUUGGAGGAAGAGUUCUGCCAAGUUUAAUUUCUAGGAAGUUGUUUGUUUGUGGUUUGUAAUUGAAUUUGGCAAUUUAGUAUACUUUGAGUUGGAGUUCUGGGCAUGUGGUCGUGUUUAGUACUAGGAGGGAGAGUUUUGUCGAUUGUAAUACUCCUACACGACUUGAGCAGAAUUGUCUCUUGUGGAGAAUGCCCGUGGCGACGUACUAAAAAUGGAUUCAUAGUCAUGGGGGUGAUUUGGAGACUGUGAUGCUAAUUUUGGGUGCUUGGCGUAAUUUGGGUUAUGUGAGUUUAGAUUGAUGGAUGCGUGAGUUGAGACUGUUGAGGAGAUUUAUGAUGAUAGAUUCAUUUCAUGUGUUGCGGGUUUGGAUUUGACGGUUGUAAUGUUCUUUCCCUUUGAAUUGUUCUUAUGAAGCUGAGAUUUACUACCUUUUUGUGAAUCUGUGAUGGAAUGGGUUUAGAAAUAUGACAGUUUUUUGAUGAUUUUGCUGAAGCAAAGAUAUUAUAUAGACUGUAAAGUAUAUUUGUACUCAUGUGCAGGAACAUGAUUGUUUACUUCAAGUUUAUACUCUAUUUAUAGGUUAAUGAUAGUUCAUGGUUAUGUUCUUUAUAAUCAUAACGACUUGAAGUGCUCUAGAAGAUUUUAUUGUUUUCUGCUACCAUGUAUUUGCUGUUUUAUGUAUCAAUUCUCGGAUUAGUUGACAAGGACAUUAUUGUUCAAGUAUAUAGCAUGAUAUUUUAAGUCUUGAUUCACUUUUCUUACCUAAUGUUGCUUAGAUUGAGCUAAUUUCUCAAGCUUUUAAUGUGUACGCUGAUAUGAUAACCUCUGAUAGAUGAUAUAUGAUAAUCAGUGUUUUAAAACCCGACUUGAAGACAACUGGUCUAAUUGAACAACAUUUUUGAAUUUACUACUUUUGUGUUAUAACCUGGUCUUGAUCUGUGGAUAUAACCUUGAGCACCUACUUCAUGAAUGGCUUUCUCGAGUGCCUAUCUGCACAAGUUCUCAUGCUGGCUAGCUGGCAGCAACUUUCUCCAACGAGCUUCUCACUUGUUACUUCAAUUUUAAGGAAAAUAAAGGCUAAACUUCACCCUUGAGGCUCGGAUAAAGAAGAUAAUGCAAGCAGAUGAGGAUGUCGGAAAGAUAGCAUUGGCAGUUCCUGUUUUAGUAUCUAAAGCUUUGGAGUUAUUUUUGCAAGAUCUUUGUGACCGCACUUAUGAAAUAACUCUUCAGAGAGGAGCAAAGACCAUGAAUGCACUGCAUUUGAAACAUUGUGUACAUAGUUAUAACGUCUUCGACUUUCUGAGAGACAUUGUCAGCAGGGUUCCUGACUAUGGGCAUGGACAUGGCCAUUCUGAGGCUGGAGCUGAUGAUCGCGCCCUUUCAAAGAGAAGGAAAGCUGCUGGCGUUGAGGGCAAUGAAAGUGAUGAAGAGGCCAAGAGGAGUAAGAUGCACGAGUUGGGCCACACCAGCACUCCUGGUAGGGGAAGAGGCCGAGGUAAAGGGAGAGGCCGUGGACGAGGGGUUCGAACUGUUGAAAGAGACAUCAUUCAUCAGCAGGUUGAAUCUGAGCCUUGCUCCUCUAUUCAACAAAUUAGCAAUGAUAUGCCUAACACAAGUCUGCCAAUAGAUAAUGGUGUGCAAUUCAAGGAGUACUCAAAGGAGACUUCUGCAGCUCAUGAGGAAAGUGCUCAGUCUUUCCGUAACAUUGAUCUGAAUGCUAACUUAAACGAAAAUGAAGACAAAAAUGCCAGUGCAGCUGUUGAAGCUCCAUUGCCUGAGCCUGCUGACAUGGACAUUAAACAUGAAGAAAUUCCAGGCUGGUCCCUAUUGAACGCCGACAAGAUGGCCAUUGACACUAUGCAACUGGCAACCCUCGGUAGUAGACUAGAAGAGGAUGAUGAAGAUUAUGAUGAGGAAGGGUAAAUAAAAUGCACCUUUGCAGGAAGCUCAUGGUAACAGAAGAAUAACCACUUACUGCUAGUACUAUGAUAUGAUCACUAUCUUCUAGUAAUCACUGUAUGUGUCCCAUGCUAAUGUGAUGACCCAUUUCUGAUGAUCCCUCUCUUUAUCUAUUCUAGUAUGUAUCUGAUCUCGUGUAGCAGAUAUAGAUUUUUUUUUUCUUCCUUAAAUGUAAUGCUAGCAUCAUGCAGUUUUAGGAUUUAAAUGAAUGUUUUUAGUUGACAACCACAGUGCUAGUUCAGGAUCAAACUCAUGGUAUAUCUGAGUUACUAGUUGAUUUCUUUAUGUUGGAUUGUUAACUGAUAGAAUAGUUUUCUAGUUUUUGUUCAUCAAUUGGAUAGAAGUAUCUCAAUGGAUGUCAACUAUAUCCAAAAGCAAUGAAAGAGACAUAAUUAUCAAA